CCUCAUAUUUGAAACAAGGACUCGCUGCUUGAAUCCCAUAUUCCAAAUGUGGCCGUACGAAAGUUGGGUAUAAUAAUCUAAACAUUUCCUCAUCCAGAUACCGGAAAGAUCUACGAGUAGACCAUAAUGCCCUAUAGCCUUUUGCAGCAGCAGCCUUACAUGGGACUAAUUGGUCUCACGCAAUAUAUAAUACAUGGUCGACUUGGAAGAGAUAGUUAGCUGACCUCGGAGAUGUCCACUUAUUCAUAUGAGGGUUAAAAUCAGGUGUAAGGAACUAAGAUUACGUUUUAAAUUUGGAUGUUAAAGUUAGACUCUAAGAUUAAUAUUUUCAUUACAAAUUGACAUAUGCUAUAGAGCGAAAAUGCUAUUUUACCUUUUGGACGAAUAAAUUUCGCACCCAGAUCCUCCGCCUGCUCUCUUUAAUCUGAUUAGUUUUAGCUAUAAACUGUAGUCACCCAGAAAGUAGUUGGAAAUCUUAAUAUAAGACCAGAUUUUUUGACUAUGUUUCCUAAUAGCUUCCUAAUUAUGCUCAAAAUUCUAUCUCAACGUUUGACUUUCGUGUUCCAAUUUUCACGUGUUGAAGAUAAAAAACUGUCUGCUUAGCAGUAUCUGCAUAAUAAGUGGUCCAAUUUUUAGUAGCGUUUCUUGUCAUUAAUUGGUGAAAAUGAUAUAAUUGGGGCACACUGCUGGGAAGUUACAUAUAAUGUUGAGAUAGUUAUAAUCUGCUUUGCUUUCUAAGUGGUAUAUUGGCUAAGAACAAUCUAUGGCGAGUAUCCCUUGCACUUAAGGCUAGUUUCCGUAACUCAUUAAUAAGUUUAAGAAGUUUGUCUUCAGUUUUACCUUGAAAUUUACCUAAAUAUAUUCAAAGUAUGCUAAAACGUUUGAGAUCUUUUCAUUAGAAAUCAGUGUUAUUUUAGUCAGGUUUCUUUUACGGUUACGCUUGUUGUGGUUUUUUAUCGGGUCACUGGGAUGAUCGCGUCCUCUAUUUAGCUGCUAUUCAUAGUCAGGUUAUCAACAAAUUUUUCGAAUAUUGCUGUAAAUAAAAUCCCAGUUUGUUUUUAAAAAUGGGCUCUUUUGUAUAAUCAUGUAUUCUACUAGUCUGCAAUAUAUUUAACUUUGAAUUGUCUUCUUACUGCACUUAGUAUUUUCAGAUGUAAUAUGUUUUAAAGCUCUCUCCAAUCUGCAAAUCACUAAUUUGGGUGCGUCUGGCUCUCGGUUGCUGUUCUUUUAAAUAGUUUUUUCUCAGUGAAAAUGAACAAUCGUUCUCCUGAAUGCCUUGAUUGUUCUGAUGAGGUUUGGCAACCACGUAACCAAACUACCUCAGAAUGUUCUGAACUUCCUGUAACUACUCGAUAUACAGAAGUCGUAAAUAGGACUUCAAGUUUACCCCUUCCUUCAAAUGGUUUGUUGAUUGGUGAAAAUUCUUCCCUGCCUGUUGUUGAAGAUAAUGUAUCUAUAAAUCAAGACAGAACUACUGCUAAUUUACAGAGGGCCAAAAAUGUACGACAGAGUUUACGAUCAUUCCUACGCAAAGCCACUAGUUUGAAAGAUUCUCGUUCGAAUCUAAACAUUGAGUGUUCUGUUAUAGGUCUUGAUGGAAAAUGUUUCAGGUUUAAUUUGUGUAAAUUCGCUUUAGGGCGUGAGCUUUUCGAUUUGGUUUGUCAGUGUCUAGAGUUAGAAGAGUCACAAUACUUUGGUUUGGCGUACUAUUUAAACCGUUCAGCCACAAGAAACUCUACGGUGGGAACGCAUGGAGAUGAACAAGAUAGUUCUGACGUAUCGUUUCGUCUGUCUUCCUCUUCGAUUGAUGAAUCUCACUUGACUAAAUUUUGUGGUUUUCCCAUGACCAACUCGUUCAAUCCUUGUAAAAUGUACUCGAAUGAUACAACAUAUCCUGGCUUUAAUCCCUUUUUCAUUGACGUUCCUUUUUGGUUAGAUGUGGAAAAAAGAAUAACGGAUCAAUGUCAUGGUUCUAAAAUGAUAUUUUACUUUCAAGUAAAAUUUUAUCCACAACACCCUGAUCUUGUUUUUGACUGUCCAAAGUCCAGAUAUCAAUUUUGUCUUCAGUUAAGGCAUCAUUUAAGUAUUGGACGACUCUUAUGCUCAUUUGAAACUCAUGUAAUAUUGGGAGCAUUAAUAGCUCAAAUGGAUCUAGGAAAUGCUGUGAAACAUCGACGAUCUCGUAGUGGUCAUUCAAGUUGUCGAUCUAAUCCAUAUGUUGAAUCAACAUCACAUGAUUUUUCACGUCGACAGUCAACUUCUCCAGCUCGAAGUUUUUCUUCCGAACGUAGAUGUAGUUUAGCUCAACCUGAACAUAGUGAUGAUAGUAUUAUAUGGGAUGCACGUGUUGAUAAUAAGUCCAAAAUAGAUAAACCUUGUUCAUCUUCUGUUGGGAAUAAAACCAGCACAUACAAUCAUAUUGGUUGUAGUUGUUCUACACAACAAAUUGAUAAUAUCAGUAUAAUGUAUUUACAAUGUUUACCACACUUAGCUAGAGGAUCCGUUACUUCAUCAUCUAUUCCACAUAGUACAAACGACAUAUCAAACGGUAGUAGACCAAGUCUAUUGUCAUCUACGUUAAACAAUAUUGAAGAUGUACUAUUAUCACCAGUAAAACAAACUUUUAGCCCUGGAUGGUCUUAUCCAAAGUCUGAUUGUCGCUAUUGUCCUGUGCUCUUAUCACGCAUUGCUCGAUUACAUCGAAAUCUUAGGGGUAUGCCUCAAAAAGAUGCAGAAAUAUCAUUUUUAAAGAAUGUGAAGAAAUUAUCAUUUUACGGUGUUGAAUUACAUCCAAUAAAGAAGUUUCACGCUAGUUAUAUUUCAUCUGGUUCUUUUAAAAAUAUAACAAAGAAAUUGGCCAAUUCGUUUUCUACUCGUUCUCGAACUAGUUCAGUUGAAUCUUAUCAUAAUUUUAUUGAUACUUCAAGUAUUGGUUCUAAUCAAUUAUUUAACUCGAACAGGACACACAAUUCAUUAUCUAUAUCUGGCUUGAAAUCAUCCCUACGACGAAUGUUUAGCGUUAAAUCACAAGAUCAACCAUUAUUUCCUUUUGCAUUUAAUGAUUAUCCGAAUUUCGAUUUUUCUUUGGGAGUAUAUUUUGCUGGUUUAUUUCUACAAUGGGGUCAUAUACGUUUAUCACAUUAUAAAUGGUCUCGGAUUGUGAAAAUCUGCUUCUAUUUAGAUGAAUUUUGUUUAGUUGUAAAAAGUAAUCAUAUUAAAUCUUCAUCGAGUCCCCGUAUUUUACUGAAGUGUAAAUUUGCCUUCCAAAAACUAGCCAGACGUUUCUAUAGAGCAUGUGUUGAACAUCAUAUGUUUUUUAAGAUUCACUGCAAACACUUAGUGAAUUCAAAUAUUAAUAAACGAGAAUCUUGUAAAACGAAACCUAUUGUUUUACCUGUAAAUCAUACAUUACAUGUAAAUAAUGAAUUAUUAAAUCAUUCAGUAUCUAUAAAUGGCCCUUGUAGUAUUAAACUAUUGUCUGUGAGUACUUUACAAUCACCUAAACUACCAGCCACGCCUACACGAUCAGAAUUUGAACUAGAUCAGCCACAUUCAUCAAACCCACAAUUAAAUAAUUGUGAAUUUUCUGAGUAUUCUGAAGAACGUGUACAUACUCCUCAGACAGAUUCGAAAUUUCGAACGAAUAUGGAUUCAAAUAAGAACAUCUACUCGAAUGGCCAUUUACUCCUACCGUGUACUUCAAAUGAACUAUCGACACGAAGUGCUUCAUUUACUCAUUUAGAUAAUUAUUCAGUUGCUCAUAUUCCCAGUCCAAUUGAAUGUUCUAGUCGUUUAGAUAUUUUAAAUUCUUCUGUAAAUGAUGAUAAUAUUGAUGAUAGAUGUAGAUCUGCAAAUAUUCCAUCAUAUGAUUGUUUACAAAUAACAGACGAUCGAAAUUCAAAUUCUUUCGAUUGUUUAUGUCGUAUUACAUCAACUCAAACUGAUAUACAUUCAUCAUUUAAUAUUAAUGAUAACCCUGCUAUUGAUUCAGUGUACACAUAUUCCGAAAAUCCAAACUUUAAACCAUCUACUGAUGAUACCUGUCAAACUCUUCUUGCAUGUGAAAUUCCUAAUCUACUACCCAGUUUUAUUCCUAUAAAUUGUGCCUUGACAAAUCCAAUGGAAGAAUAUUUACCCACUGAUGUACUUCAUUGUUUAUCAGCUUCGGAGCAUAUUUCAAGUGAUUUUUCACAGGUCAGGAUUUUUUAUUUAAUUUUGUAAACAUGUUUUACGAAAAUGGAUAUAGGCAUUUAAGAGAUCAUCACUAAAAACAUGGAAAAAUUUUAUAAGUACCAAUUAUCAUUGUGUACUUUAUGCUUAAUUUUUAUCUGACGUCGUACGAAAAGGUAAACUGCACAUUUAUCAAGUUGGAAACGGUGAUGUAUACUUAUUGAUGACAUAGAGUUGCAUUGUUUGAACUGAUUAAGGUGGGCAAUUAUUGGGUUAUUAUGAGCUGGGGAAAAAAUGUCCAAUGUGUCAAGUUUCUAUCAAUCGCUGAUGAAAAAUUACCUUUAAAAAUUAACAGUAAAUUCGUAACUAUCAAUGAACUUUUAGUCGUCUAGUUUCACGUCACAUUUGUUCGUGAAGUAUUGUAUUGUCCUUUAAUAACUAAAAUAACAGCAUAUGUCUUAGCUGAUCGGCAAAAAUAUCUCAAUGCCUGUUUUGCUGCGCCUGAGUGAUGUAUUUUGAAUGAGAAUUAAUGGAGUUGGUUUGGAAUUGAAUGAACUGUUAGAGAACUUGGAUAUAUCAACUUGUUACCAAUCGAAUAUAAUUUUCAGUAACCUGUUUAUUGACAUGAAGUUGUUACGAUAUGGUUGUUUGGAGGAAAUUAAAUUGAUCUGACGAAGCCUACAGACCCAUUAUGGUGUUGUAAUUUCCUUUCAUCUGUUAACUUGAAUUCAUUGAACAAAAUUAUUGCACCAUCAUAUUCAUCGGUUAUUUCUUCUAAUGGUGAAAUUAUUCGCUUGGACCCUUCUACAAAUAAUGAUAUUUCUAAGUCGUCAAUGUCUUCUCUUGUUCCAUGCGACUUUUUCCGCUGGAACUCAAUCGAAAAACAGGUCAUAUAUCAUUCAAUUCCAAUAGUUCGAACCCGUACUAUCCGAUUUAUUCUUGAUCCAUCAAUACAAAUUAAUGAGUACAACACUUUUAAUCAUUCAAAAAUUCAUAUUGUACAUGGUACUGAUAUACCAUUAGUUUCAACUAGAUCAUUUUACCAUCAUUAGUCAGUUAUUAUUAUUAUUAUUGGUUAUUUCGUGUUAUUUUAUAACUGAAUUCUUCUGAGUACGAUUCUUUUUGUGCUUUUUUUCUUCUUCUCUUUCUUUCAUUCACUCUUUGUUGAUACAGUUUAAUAUUAUUUCAAGUUUGCUAAUUUUUCUUUCGACCCCACCUGAUUAGUUUUUUUUUCUUAAUUGCAUUUUCAUUGUAACUAAGCCCAUAUAUAUAUAUAUAUAUAUAU